AUGUCCUUACUGUUCCUGCCGAACUGCCAACCGGUGCCGGUUUCCGUAAAAAAAGGUCGAAGUAGCUUCAACAUCGGCAACUGCGUAUGGAUCGUUGACCGUCCCUGUCCGGAUAGUGAUAUUCGGUUCUAUCUGUUCACCCGAUCAAACCCCGAUGAUCGACAGUAUAUCCACAUCGAUGAGACGUGGGAUCAGUCCAAUCUUAGUACGUCCUACUUCAAUCCAUCCCAUCCGGUGAAAGUCAUCAUUCAUGGUUACAAUGCUGACAUGUUUCUGACACCGCUAAUAAACAUGAAAGGAGAGUACCUUUCGCGUGCGAAUUAUAAUCUGUUCUACGUUGAUUGGAGCGAUCUUGCCCAUGGGCCGUGUUAUCCAUCGGCCGUACACAACACGCGCCAUGUUGGCAAAUGCAUUGGUCAACUGGUGCAGCGGAUCAUCGACGCUGGAACGGAUAAUAUUCAUCUCGUUGGGUUUUCGCUAGGCGCACAGGUGACGAACUACGUGUCCACAACGGUGAGACCCUUCCGAUUGAAGCGCAUCACCGGGCUGGAUCCCGCAAUGCCACUUUUCAUUACGGCAGCGGCAGACGAUAAGCUGGAUCCUACCGAUGCGGAGUUUGUAGAUGUGAUCCACACGAAUGCGUUGGUGCAGGGAAAGAUCGAACGGUGCGGACAUGCGGAUUUCUACGUGAAUGGAGGAAUACUACAGCCCGGUUGUUGGAGCUCCGGACAAAACCCGAUGGCUUGUAGUCAUCACCGUGCACCGGACUACUUCGCCGAAUCAAUCCGCAGCCUAACUGGCUUUUGGGGCUGGAGUUGUCAAAGCUACGUGUACUAUCUGCUUGGCUUUUGUCCACAGAAUAACGUGCAAGUUGUCGCGGGCGAAGAUUGCCCGGCCGGUACGGAGGGCAUGUUUCUAAUAUCGACCAAUCCGGCAUCACCGUUUGCAAUUGGUCGGUGGUCUGGUUUCAGCUUGCCGCAGAAGAAGGAUUCCGUCCUGCACAAGCACGGUCUCAAUCGGGAUCCGUUCAUCAGCGAUAUCGAUCAGUGGGGAAAGCUGGACAGUUCGUUUAACAAUGUGGACCACUUUCCAACACCGUACUCGCAGGAUCCGAACCAAAAUAACGACGAGUGGCCGUACUUCAAUCACAUCGGUACCAACGAAGUCACGAAGGAACACAUAAGAACGAUUCUUGAACAGGAUAAAUCUCGCUACAGUGGUGAUCGUUUGCCGAUGGCAACAAGCACACUAGCCACUACGAUCGCUACGCUAGCGCCACCUAGCGACAACGAUAUUGACGAUGCGUUCUACCUGCAGGAUUUACGGCGACGGUUACAGCAGAAGGAAGCGAGCGUGAUGCAACACUACACUAUGCCGAUGUUCAAUUCGCACUAG